UUCCUUCCUUCCUUCCUCCUCCUCUUUGCUGUCUGUAUCUCUGUCUCUUUCUCUCCAGGGUGUCCUUGCCAUUUUUGUAAACAUAAUUGAAGAGGGGGUUUUUUUUCAACCUCCCGCCUACAAAAUGAGCUUAUUAAUGUCGCCCUCAGUAUCAUUUCUGUUUGCCUCAUCAAAUGCAUUUCUUCUCCUCUGCGUCCAUUUAAUUGAACCCAUUUAAAGAAAAAAUACACAUAAUUAGCAUUUAAAUGUCUUUCCUACAGUCUCCUGCCCUCGCUACGUCGCGCACCCUCUCUCUCUCUCCCCUCUUGUACUCUAGCAGACUCUACAUGUCUCAGUCGCUAAGGCAACCGAUGCUUUUUUUUCUCCCUCACUUGCUCUCUGUAUCUCCCCCUUUCUCUCUGUCUCCCUCUCUCUCAUUCCCUUUCUCCACUGCCAGAGAGAGAGAUGAUCGGAGGAGCAGAGUCUCAGUGAAAAGAGCGAAGCGAUGGAGAGAUGCUCCAUCUCUCCUGUCGCACGACUGACUGCCCUUGUCUACCUCCUCCUGAUUGCUCUGGUGACGCCCUCCACCUGUAACCGUGACGACACCGAGGGCGAGGAGCAGGUGGACGCCCUGUCGGUCCAGCUGUCCGUUACGGCCCAGGUCACACCCACCCCUCUGUGGGCGGUGGUCUGGGGCCCCACGCAGCCACUUGAGGAUGAGACCUACCACUUCCUCUCCAGCCAGGAAACGGACCCCCGGCACCAUCACGGGGGCCAGCAGGAGGCCAGCACCGCCACGUCCGAGGACUGGCCUUAUCCCGAUGCAAGCAUGCAGCCCCGAGAGGAGACACCGCUGGAGUCCAGGGAGCCGGAGGGAGUGGAGGAUGGGGGGACGGAGGCGGAGGAGACGGAAGAAGUGGACCCUCAGUUCUACGUCACCGUGAUCAUCUCCUCGCUGCUCAUCCUGACGGCAGUCGUCAUUAUAGCCAAACUCUGUUAUGAUCGCAGUUGUUCCCAGCAUCCACCCCCGCUUUCUCGUGGCGUUGCGCCCCCCCUCACCCUCGCUCUCCCUCGUUCCCUCGCUUCAGAGGACAGCCGGCAGACGUUGCACAGCACCUCCUCCUCCUUCACCGACAGGGAGAGGAUCCCAGUUGUCAACCUCUGAGGUGACUGUUUUUCCAUAUGGUAGACAUUUCUACGGGGCCCGAGGUGGAACAUCAACAUGACCAGAGGACGUGCCUGCAGUGCUGUUUUAUUUUUCUCUGAAACUGUGAAAUGAAAUCAGGGAUCCCAGGUAUACAGCCAUGACAAAACUCCUUGGCUUCCCUGAGGUCUAAAAAAACCCCAACUUCAUCUCGCUGCUCCUUCCUUCUUUCCUUCCCUUUCCUUUCAUCCUUGCUUCCUCUGUGCUGGGUGUAAAUUUAUUUUCUGUGUCUGCGUCACUGUCACCUGCUCCCUGUUUUCCACCCUCUGUAUGGCCUCAAGCUCUGCGAUGGUACCCAACCACUCUGUGCUUCGACCUGCCAUGACUAAUUCACAAACAAGCAGCUUAACAGCCAUCGCAGCAUCCCAUUACCCCCGAAAACGCCCCUACCUGUGCUUCCACAACUUCCAGUGAUUCAGCUGCACAUUGCGAACCUGUUCAGCGUCGAAAUUCAAAUCCAGCUGACAGGUCUGUCACGAAACGACAGUCAAAUUCAGCGCAGUUUUAGCAGGCUCGCAUCUUGCUGGUAAAUGGUUAAAAAGCCAUUCUCAGCAUCUCCAAACACAGAACGGGGUAUUUCACAAAGCUGUUUGGCACUGAUGUAGCCAACAGGCAAUGUGUUUAACAUGUCACGCUCCAAAAAACUGCUGUUUAUUCCCCGCUUUGGGCGCCUGGAAUGCAAAUAGUGUGGCUUUUUCUGUAUUUUCCUCUGCAGUGUGUAGAAGAGUCUGUUUUGUCUCAGUUUUUCCCCAUGAUUUGUUCUCUUAAUUAUCUGGCUGACGUGCGUCUCUUUGUCGAGCCUUUGCGAGCACCCUGUGUCCCCGCUGGACCGUGUAGAGAUGUGCCGAGCAUAAAGUACUUCCACUGGCGGGGACAGAAUACUCAGAAUCGGAAUUGAUAGAAGAGAAGGCAUUCCUGUUGAAAAUCAAUGAUUCCCAAAGGUUUUUUUGGAUGGUGCACACAACAAAGACAGAUUUGUCUUCAUAGAAGUGAGAACUCAAAGGACUGAUGUUGCCACAACAAGGACUUUUUUCCCUCCCACCUGACAGCCAAGUACACGACAUCUGGAGAAACAAAACCACCGUCUCUUUGCUCCGUAUCAUUUUCGAGUCACUGUACAUCAGCUGUGGGAAAGCAGUGCAUCAAGGAGCAUCAUUUGUCUCUCCAGUGAAUCUGCAUGUAUACAGUUAAAGACAACUGUGAGUUACUGCAAAUCUAUUAUUUAUAAAUGUCUAUUUUAUCUAUCAGUGAGAGACGUCUUAUAGAAGCUUUUCAAAAGCCAAAUGUCAGUUUGUGUUUGGCAACUUUUCUAAACAGCUUUGAGACAUGGACCCUCCACUCACACAUUUCCACCACAGACAUAGUGCUGGUGGCCUCAUGCGUGGUUCGUGCAGUGCUCCAGAUAUCCAGUCUUGUGAGUUUUUUAGUAGCAUUCCUGUAGAAAUGUGGUUUGUACCAUGGAAGUUCAAUAAAGCCUCAACACUGGUGUUUUA